UUAAAUAUUUAUCUUCUUGAGCCCACGGACUUCCCGCUUCCUGCGUUCCUCUCUUCCCUCUGAAAAUCGCGGUUUCAUUUCAAUCUCUCUCUCUCUCCCUCUCCCCAAAAACCAAUUGUAACUCUCUCUCUCACACCAUUUAAUGUCAUCUCUGUAACUGCUCAGAGAUCUCUCUCUCCAGUUUCGCUCUUCUUUUUCCUUUUGUUUCUCUCUGAACUGUUCCUCCCCAAUCCCAUCGCGCUCUCUCAGCCCAUUUCAGAUCUGAUCCUGCAUAAAAUCAUUCAAAGUUCACAGUGUAAACAUUUUACGGCUGUUUUUUAAUGAGUUAGUGCUUGAACUUUAUUCUUCCCUGCCUCAUGGAGAAGGAGGCUUCAACUAAGGAAAAUGUCACAAGUUCUCUGGCUGCUCAGAAGUUGGAUAGAGAUACACUUGAUCUUCAGAAAUCUCAGGGAGGAGAACCAUCAAAGGAGAUUGAAUCUCUGAGUAUCAGCACUGGUGGUCCCAAGUUAGAGAAUAAUGGAGAAGAUGGAUUGGUUGAAAAAACGGAUGUGAGCGGUGAUUUGAAAUCUAAAGAGCAGGGUAAAAAGUUAGACAGUAAUCCAAGUCACAGUGGCAUGGGUGAGAAGAUUGAUGAGAGAAUGGAUUUGGAGUCUAAAGCUCAAGAAAAGGAUUCAGACUCAAAUAAGGAACAAAAUGACUCUGGUCAUAAGGUGGCGUCAACAGCUCAAGAAGAAAAAUUACACAAUGAUGGACAUGAUAACUUGGGUAAGAAGACAGAUCAGGGUAAGGAUUUGGAGUCCAAAGCUCAAGAGGAGACAAACCAAACAACAGAUAAAAUUCUUGGAGAGGAGGAGGAGCUAGAGCCAGUCUUUGAUGGAACUGAGGUUCCUGGGAUGGAAGCUAACAGAAGUAUGUCCACCCAUACUUUAGAUCUUGAUUCAGAGACCCAGGGAGUAGUCAAAAAGGCAGUGGCGCUAACAAACCUUGUUAAGAUUAAAGGUGUAGUUGUAGUCUCCACUUUUCUGCGUCGCCUUUCUGGGAAAAGAGAUGAAGACGAACAAGAUGUUAUUGACCAUGCAGAUAAGAAUGCUUCAGAUUCCACUAAAGACAGUGAAGCUAGAGAGGUCUCUCAGAAAACAGUGGAUAGAUCUGCAUGGAAUCCCCUAAGCUUUAUUAGGACAUCCCAAGAUGGUGAUGCAGAAAACAAAGCUGAGCAGAGGGAGGAGGUCAUUGAAGAACCAGCACAAGCUAUAGCCAUAAAGGGAAGAGUUAUACUGUACACGAGAUUAGGAUGCCAGGACUGCAAAGAGGCUAGAUUAUUUUUGUAUAGGAAGAAGCUCAGAUAUGUUGAGAUCAAUAUUGAUGUAUUCCCCAGUAGAAAGCUUGAGUUAGAGAAAAUUGCUGGGUCUUCUUCUGUUCCAAAAGUUUUUUUUAAUGAAGUCCUUAUUGGAGGCUUGAGUGAGCUAAAGGGCUUGAACGAGUCUGGAAAGUUUGAUGAGAAGAUUGAUUACCUGAUCAGUGAACCACCAUCAUUUGAAGCUCCUUUGCCACCACUUUCGGGUGAAGAUGAUUUGUCCAAUAGUGGAGCUAUUGAUGAACUAGCUUUAAUUGCCCGGAAGAUGAAAGAAUUUGUUAUUGUGAAGGAUCGGUUUUAUAAAAUGCGCAGGUUCAUGAACUGUUUUUCAGGUUCAGAAGCGGUGGAUUUCUUAGCAGAGGAUCAGUAUCUGGAAAGGGAAGAGGCAAUUGAAUUUGGGAGAAAGCUUGCAAGCAAACUCUUCUUUCAUCAUUUUCUUGAGGAAAAUCUAUUUGAGGAUGGGAACCACCUGUAUCGGUUCUUGGAUGAUGAUCCAAUUGUAUCUCAAUGUCACAACAUCCCAAGGGGUAUAAUUGAUGUGAAGCCAAAGCCCAUCCUAGACAUUGCAUCAAGGUUGAGAUUUUUAUUUUAUGCAAUCCUUGAGGCCUAUGUGUCAGAAGACGGAAAGCAUGUUGAUUACAGAAGUAUCCAUGGAAAUGGUAAAUAUCUUUGUAGGUAUCUGAGAAUAGUAGAAGAGCUUCAAAGAGUGGAAGUGAAGGAUAUGCAGAGGGAGGAGAAACUUGCUUUCUUUAUAAAUCUCUACAAUCUGAUGGCCAUCCAUGCAAUAUUGGUAUGGGGUCAUCCAGCUGGAGCAAUUGAACGAAAGAGGUUGUUUGGAGACUUCAAGUAUGUUGUUGGUGGGUCCACAUACUCACUUUCAGCUAUUCAAAAUGGUAUUUUACGGGGAAACCAGCGACCACCAUACAAUCUCAUGAAGCCAUUUGGUGCAAAAGAUAAGCGUUCCAUGGUGACUCUUCCUUACUCAGAGCCUCUUAUUCAUUUUGCGCUGGUUUGUGGUACUCGAUCUGGCCCUGCUCUUCGAUGCUAUUCUCCAGGGGAUAUUGAUAAAGAACUGAUGGAAGCAGCUCGUAAUUUCUUAAGAAAUGGAGGUCUUAUUAUUGAUUUUGAUACCAAGGUUGCAUCAGCUAGUAAGAUUCUUAAAUGGUUUAGCGUUGAUUUCGGCAAGAAUGAGGUAGAGGUACUGAAGCACUCAUCAAACUACCUCGAGCCGGCUGUCUCAGAAGCUUUACUGGAAUCGCUUGCCAAAUCUCAGCUGAAGGUGAUGUACCAGCCUUAUGACUGGGGUGUGAACUGCUAACGCCAUUAUACCUUUCUUGCAUACCAUAUACAGCUUUAAAUCGCUUCCCUUGUUUUACCAAAGUUUAGCAUAAGUGAAGGGAUGGGGAUAUCCUUCAUUAUGGAUAUCUCCAUUUGUAGUUCCAUAGUCGCAGCAGGAUGCAUUUUUCGAUAAAUAGGUCCGGCAGAUGCAUUGGAGAUGUACUUGGCUCAUACAUGAUGGUCUUGGCUUAAAAUUAAAUUACAAUGUUGCUUAUGUCUUUUAGUUUUUACUCUGAUGUUUUGAUAUGAACUGAUUGCUUAAUAGAACAUUUGUGAAUCCUGCA